AUGGGCCAGAUUGGGAAGGGCGGUACGAGGGUGGGACUUGGCGUUGGUGUUUUGGAACAUCAAAGAUGGACAGGGUUUUCGCGGAGGUCGCACCUCAGAUAUCUCCACAACUACAGAUCGGGGAUCUUCCAAAAUCGAGAAGAUUGGUGCAUACGGCUAGGUCUCUUCACCUUACAAUUUGUAUGGCAAUUUGGCCCGGGGUUGUGGUGUGGUAGGGGAGAAUGGGGGAUAAUCCCACGCAGGAGUUCCGAACGACGUCUGGUUCACGUUUGGCUGGAUAACUCCACCACCACACGGGGUAUGCGGUCGGCGAUGGGGUCAAAAUGCUCGUAUGAUCGAGGGCUUUUCGAUGGAUCUAUCGGCGGGUUCUUAUUCGAAAAAUCGAGCGAGUUCGUCGUGGAGCGGUUGCAUGUUCUCAAAGUCUUGAAUCAGAACAUUUUACAGAGAAACAAGCUCAACUCAAAUCUCAUUUUCCACUUCACUAUUACUUAUAAGCUUACUGAAUAA